AUGCCGGCCAAGUCGAGAUUUACGAGGCUUGACGCCUUCACCAAGACGGUGGACGAGGCGCGCGUUCGAACUACGUCCGGCGGAAUUGUCACCAUUGUGUCGCUAAUUGUCGUCCUUUGGUUGGCUUGGGGAGAAUGGGUCGACUACCGGAGGAUAGAGAUUCACCCCGAGCUCAUCGUCGACCAGGGAAGAGGCGAGCGCAUGGAGAUCCAUCUCAACAUCACCUUCCCCAAGAUGCCCUGCGAACUUCUUACCCUCGAUGUUAUGGAUGUUUCCGGAGAGCAGCAGCACGGUGUCAUGCACGGCGUCAACAAGGUCCGUCUCCGCCCUCAGAAGGAGGGAGGCGGCGUCAUCGACGUCAAGGCCUUGAGUCUCGACGAGGCUGCCGAGCACCUGGAUCCCAACUACUGCGGCCCCUGUUACGGUGCCCCGGCGCCGCCUAACGCGCAGAAGGCCGGCUGCUGUAACACUUGCGAGGAAGUCAGAGAAGCGUACGCGCAGGCCUCUUGGGCGUUCGGUAAGGGAGAGAACGUCGAGCAGUGCACGCGCGAGCACUACGCCGAGAAGCUGGAGGAGCAGCGCAGGGAGGGCUGCCGCAUUGAGGGUGGCCUCCGCGUGAACAAGGUUGUUGGAAACUUCCACUUGGCUCCUGGCCGGUCCUUCAGCAACGGAAACAUGCACGUCCACGACCUCAAGAACUACUGGGAGACUCCCGACGAUGCCCAGCACGACUUCACCCACGUCAUCCACACCCUCCGCUUCGGUCCCCAGCUGCCCGACACCAUCACCAAGAAGAUGACGAAGCGCGCCUACGCCUGGACUAACCAUCACGGCAACCCCCUCGACAGCACCCACCAGGAGACCAACGACCCCAACUACAACUUCAUGUACUUUGUCAAGAUUGUCCCCACAUCGUACCUCGCCCUCAACUGGCAGAAGAGUGCCUCUAUUCAGGACGAGGAGAGCUCUGGUCUCGGUCUCCUUGGCCACCUCAGCGACGGCAGUGUCGAGACUCACCAGUACUCCGUGACGAGCCACAAGCGCAGCUUGGCUGGCGGUGAUGACUCUGCCGAGGGACAUCAGGAGCGCCUUCACUCUCGUGGUGGUAUUCCGGGUGUCUUCUUCUCCUACGACAUCUCCCCCAUGAAGGUCAUCAACCGCGAAGAGCGCGCCAAGACCUUCACUGGUUUCUUGACCGGUCUCUGUGCCAUUAUCGGUGGUACCCUCACCGUCGCUGCCGCCGUUGACCGUGGUGUUUUCGAGGGUGGCCUGCGUCUUAAGAAGAUGCGCUCGAAGGAUCUGUAA